CGCUGGUCAUACUACCGACGCACUAGUGCUUCUGCUGUAUAUUUCACGCUGGAAUUUGGAUAUUCACGUAUAAAGUCAUUAAUUUCCAUGGAUUGAGUUUUCGUAUUUCGCAGUUAUAAGCUCUCCUUGUAUUUAAACUUGCAGCUUAAAAGCUCGCCUUACGGCAAUAGGUGUUAUAUGACCUUCACAGAAUGCCUUUCAUGAAAGGACCAGCUCCGAUACGGAGAACGUUGAAGUACUUGAAUGCGGGCCGCAUUCACUUCAGAGAACAAGUAAAAGUUGUAACAGUAAAUUACCUUACGCAUGGCGCGCCAGGUAAAGGUGCCAGGGACUUCGUCUUCUGGCAUUUGCCCCAGAUGCAGUACAAGAAUCCUGAUGUACAGAUUCUUACACUACAGAACAUGACACCAACACCUUUCAUCAGAGCAUGGCUUGAGAGUGGUGAAGAUGUCAUACUUGACGUUGACUGCAAAAGCAAGGAUGAGAUUUUUAACCAAGUCUUGAGGAUAUUGGGAAAGACAGAGGAAAAGCUUGCAGAAGAGGCAAGGCAGGCAGAGAAAAGGGACAAUCCCGCCAACUUUGGGUUUGGUUGUCCAAAGCAUUGCAUGUGUGAGGUACCAGGGCAGGUACCCUGUCCAUCCAUAGUCAAGCUACCCAACGAAAUGCGUGCCAAACAUAGAGGUCGUAAGCACAAGGAUGACCCAGCCGGUGGCUAUGCGCGGCUAUGGUAGUUACAGUGCUCAGUUAGGUGUACAAAUCUCAAAAUGCUUUCAUUAUAUUUCUAAUUUUAUAUUUCCUAUAGCUCCAAGCAACUAUCUUUGCAAAGUGUAAUGUAGGAAAAAUGUCAAUAACCUGUGAACAAAUUUAAUGUGAAUGAUAAAGGUUUGAGUUUAUUGACUGUUAAGUUUUCCAAUGCUCUGGAGAAAACCAGUUCAUUAUUAUUAGUACGUGUGCAGGUCAAGUUUAGAAUCAUCUCUGACUUCAAACCAAUUCAAGUCUGAAUAAUUUUCUAAACACAUAUAUGUAUUUAUCAACCAAGUUUAUAGUUCAGUCAGGCGAGUGGAAUGAGCUUAUCAUGAUUCCACAAUAUGGAGGUAUGUGAAGCAUAUCCUUCUAUGUACAGAGUAAUGUAGAUAUAAUAUUGAAUAAAGUUUCUGUUAAUUAAA